AGCUGUUUGAUUUCCGUGAGACAGUCCCCGCCCUGGUCUCGGUGAGAGGACCGGACACAUGUGUCUCAUGUCCGGCCGUCCUCCAGUCUCUGGGUGCGAGCCGCCGGAGCAGCGGAGCGCCAUGAUGCUGGAGCGGAGCAGCGUGACGGUGGUGGCCGACAUCAUCCUCGGCAGCGGGCGGGAGACGGUCCUCUGUCGCUGCUCCAGAGCCUUCGUACAGGAUCGAGAGCUGUACCGCUCUGACAACAGAGAGCUGCCCUCUGACCUGGCAGAGACGCAGGUCCGAGAAACAGAUGACAAAGAAGAGGAGGAGUCUGAGAGCGAGAUGCUGGACAGCGAGGCUCAGCUGAUGGCCAGCAUGGGUCUGCCUUUGGCCUUCGCCAGCUCAUCUGAUAAAAGGACAGCGGGGAGGAGGUCUAACAGGAAGGCAAUCAUGUACCGGGAUGAAGCAGCUCCAGAGGAGAAAGGUCAAGACCAUCUACAGCUUGACAACGGAGCUGAUGAGCAGGUGGUGUGUGAUCUACAGGUGGAGGAGACAAGAGGGAUUCCAGAUGCUGGGUGGGAAGCCUACUGGGCUCAACAGGGAGAAGCUCUGCUUUGGAGCACCUGGCUGGAGAAACAUCCAGAGACUCAGCUGCUGUGUGCACUAGAUCCUGGAACAGCGACUGCUCCUUGGGACAGCCCAGAUACCAAGGCUGCCUGGGACCAGCAUUCUGCAGAGACUUAUUGCUCCUACUGGGAGCUGUACACAUACUGGGCAGCACAGGGCUGGACCACCGACCAGUCUGCUGGUAAUGGGAACACUGGUGGAGAAGAAGCAGCAGUGUUAAUGGACAACGGUGUUCCAGCACAACCAGAGGGGCAGGGGAAGGACCAGACGGAAUCUGAGAGCCACACAAGAGAAGAUGACAUUGAGGAUCUGAAUGACCUGUUUGAACACACCUGCAUGUUAAAGACAGGUGCGACUUGUGUGACUGACUCGUAUCACAGCGACAGACGGGUUGACACCAGACAGCAGGCAGAGCUCUGUGGUUCAGAUGAUCCUUCUGAUGGUGGGAAUGACCGCAGGAGAUCCGAUUCCUCCUCACAGCAGAACACAGCUGAACAAACAGCUUCAGAUCCGCAGCAGGCUGCUGGUAGACCUGACAGGCAGAAUGUCACCAGGAAUAAGAUGUCAGAUGGACAAGGUGAUGACGAUGAUGACGAACCAGAAGGGGAAGGAGGCGGUAAACUCAAACGCAGUCAUGAGCUGGAUGUGGAGGAGAGCCCACAGGUGACGGCUGAGGAAGCCUGGAGUAAAGUCCGACUCAAACACAACCCACAGCCUCGGUUCGACAGCGUAAUAAGCUUUAAAGGCAGAGCUGGUCCUAAGUGUAAGAGGCUGCGCUGGACUAAGAGAGCAGCCUGCAGCACCAACAAACACACCAGGUUCUCAGCCAUGGGUGAAGAAGGCUCACAGCCACGGACCAGCACCGCCCUCUGCAAGGUUCAACAUUUCCUUGAAUCGGUCCAGAGAGCGACACAGAUGACUCCCUCUGACCGACACCAGGUGGAAGGAGGAGGCACACCUGACAUCAGGCCUCCGUCUCCUGUAGAAGUGACAGGAGGAGGAGGAGGAGAGACGAGGAGGAGCACGGAGCUGGAGAGUGCUGAGAAAGAGGAGGAGGAGGGCUCUUGUUGUGUGUCCAGGUUAAAUGCAGAGAGGAGUGAAGGCCCUCUGCCAAACACUUCCUUUGCCUCAGCCGGUGGGUCCGUGGAGGAGGAGGAGGAGGAGGAGGAGGAGGUAAAGGAUCAGCCCUGCAGACCGCUGACAUGUCUCCAAACUCCUGACUUUCUCCUGUGUGAUGCGCCUGAAGAAUCGAGUGUGAAAGAUGUAAAGAAGUCAAAGAAGAAAAAUGGGAGGCGAGGAAGGAACCAGGAAGUCCCGGCAGAGAUGGCAGCUGAGCCGGAGCUGGCUAAGUACUGGGCCCAGCGCUACAGACUCUUCUCUCACUUCGAUGAAGGGAUUAAGCUCGACCGAGAGGGCUGGUUCUCCGUGACUCCUGAGAGGAUCGCUGAGCACAUCGCCCUCAGGGUGGACCACAGCUUCUCCGACUCUCACCUGGUCAUAGAUGCCUUCUGCGGCGUGGGAGGAAAUGCCAUUCAGUUCGCCCUCACUGGAAAGAGAGUCCUGGCCGUGGACAUCGAUGCAGUCCGCUUGGACAUGGCUCGGCACAAUGCUGCCAUCUACAACGUGGCGGACCGCAUCGACUUCCUGCAAGGCGACUUCCUCCAGCUGGCGCCCCGGCUGCGUGGCGACGUGGUCUUCCUGUCGCCACCGUGGGGAGGACCAGACUACCUGACUGCGGAGGUGUUUGACAUCGGUGCCAUGAUGGAGCCUGACGGAUUUGAGAUUUUCCGCCUGGCCAAAAUGAUAUCAGACAACAUCGUGUUCUUCCUGCCUCGCAACGCUGACAUGGAUCAGGUGGUCUCUCUGGCAGGUCCAGGAGGAAAGGUGGAGGUGGAGCAGAACUUCCUGAACAACAAGCUGAAGACGGUGACGGCUUACUUUGGCAGCUUGAUAAAAUGUGACAGCAGUUAACCUGCAAAGGAAAAGACUGCUACGAGAACAGACAGAGCUAAUCCUCUUGUACGGCUGUUUCUGCUGUUGCCUGCUGGACUGGAUUCACAUCACGUUUCAUUCACGCUGAGGAUCUGCUAGUAACAUGUGCAACAGCUGGUUUAGUUUCUAGGCUUUGGAGGGAUUUUGUUUUGUAUUUUGCUUCUGUCAUUCAUCCAAAGUGACAGUUCCUUACCCCCGGUUUUAAAAGGAGCGACUGUGUGAGACGACUGCAGUUAUGAGAGUUUUAAUUAACGAUUUUUACUGUUCAUUUGGACCUAAUAAAUGCUUUUCAGGA